CUCCUUCCCAUGUUACUGGGAAUCAAAAGCCAACACACAAACACACCUUCUCUCUCACUUCACUGCCUGGCUUGUCUCCUCCAUCUUCAUCUUCCUUAGAUUCACUUGACAGCCUUCUUCCAUUUUUGUCGUCGUCUUCUCUUCUUCUUCUAGAAUAAGCCAAAUUUUUUGUUCUGUUCUGCUCACACAGACAGGGAAUAAGGAAUCUUUCUGUCCCAUUUCAACCCCCAAAAAUAGCCCCCCCCCCCCCCCCAAAAAAAGGAAAAAUCCGUACUAAUCUUCAACAGAUCGACAGCUCAUACAUAUAAGUUGGAAGAUACCAAAGAACAUGCAGAUUCUUCAGCGGCUCUUUAAGGCUGCCCAGGAACAAGCAGCAGCAGGAGAGAACGAGACUGCCUCCGGUCAAGAGCUCGAAUUGAAGGAUAUAGUCCCCCACGAGCAGCAAGGGAAAUCGAAAAAUACCAGAAGGGGCGAGCAAGGUUCCCGAAAGUUCAAGCCGUUCAAAAUCUUAUGCAGAAAAGAUGUCGCGAAAGCCUGUUUCUAUAGCUUGAUCGACUUGAGGAGACUCAGGAGCUUUAAUACGAGACGGCAUUGGAAGGUUCUCAGAUCGAGGAUGAAGGAAGACAUCGCACGAGGACUCGGGAUGAUAAGCCAGAAGGCCACGGAAACUUCAGGUUCUCACGUGGGAAACAAAGUUUUGCCCAUAAACGAUUUGAACACGACAAUUUCUUCUUCUUCUUGUGAUGAGCCCGGGAAGAAGGACAAGGAUCAGAAGGCUAAGGGAGACAAAAUGAAAGCCAUGUCGAGAAUGAAGGAGCUCUUGAGGUGGGCUGCCGCAGCAAAAACCAAGAAAGGAGGGAAGUUCAUUAGCCGGAAGGUUCUUCACUUCCGGAAUCGAUCGGUCGCCCUAAAAGCUGUCCCGGACGACGAUCAACUAAGCAACGACUCCCCAAAGAUAAGUUUCCAAUGGGACGUAGAGAGCUGCUCUACCGCGUCUUCUGCUUACUCCGCAAUCUCGAUCGCUUCCUCUUCGAGAAUCGACCGAAUCGGAGGCCUCCUUGAAUCAGCCCCUAGGAAAGGGAAUUGGAUCACUACAGACUCUGAAUUUGUGGUGUUAGAGCUAUGAAGGACAAGGGAGAAGAGCUCAUGGACAAAAAUCAAUGGGACUACAGCCAUUAUUAUUGGAUGGGGAUUGUUUAUCGUUUGAUUUUUGUGAAGUGUUUGAUUAAGAGGAAAAAUGAUUGAAUGGAA